CAUUAACGUGAAUGAUAAUAUCUACAAUAAAACGUUAAAACAAAUUGACAAUAAAUCGAAUAAUCGAUAAAAACCGUUUAUUAUUGCCAGAUAACACAAUUUUAACGGGACCGACUAUUCUAUAUUUAGUAACAAGUACGUGAUGAAAAUGCUUCAAUACGCGUGCGCACUAUUUGCUGUGCGAGAUAUAUAUAUAUUGCAACGAUAUCAUUCACUAACUGUCAAGAAAAACAUACAGACUUUUACAGUAUAAUUUCAGUAUAGUGAAAUUCAAAUUUCUGUUAUCAUGAAAAGUUUGCUAAGAUUACAACAAGGGUUUAUUAGUACUCGGACAUCUCUCAAUAACAACUGGGGCACAUUGGAUUCUAAUGUAACGGUAAGUAAGUUGUGUUUUAAUAAGUUAUCCACCAAGAAAGAGAUAGAAACUGCUUAUGAAGAAUAUAAAGAUGGUAAAUUUGAUCAAAUCCCCGACCCUAAACAACUUGAUCACUUCAAAAGUAAAACGUCAUCCAUUGUUGGAAAACCACCACCGGGCACACAUACCCUGCCUCAUCCAAUAUGGACAAAAGAGCAGCUGAUGAAUGUAAAAAUAACUUCUAAACAACCAGAGGGCAAAGUAGAUAAGAUGGCCUAUUAUUCUGUUCAAGGUAUAAGAAAAGGUUUUGAUAUAUGUUCUGGUUUUGUAUUCGGUGAACGAAAUGAAAAGAAAUGGUUAAAUCGUAUUUGUUUUCUGGAAACAGUAGCCGGAGUACCAGGUAUGGUUGCUGCAAUGGCUAGACAUAUGAAAUCAAUCAGGCGAUUACAGAGAGACUAUGGAUGGAUUCAUACUUUACUAGAGGAAGCUGAAAAUGAAAGAAUGCAUUUGUUAACCGCUCUAGAAUUAAAACAGCCAUCUUUAUUUUUUAAAUUAGCUGUUAUUGGUUCUCAAGGUAUAUUUGUGACGUUGUUUACUGGAGCCUAUAUUGUCAGCCCCAAAUUCUGUCAUAGAUUUGUUGGUUAUUUAGAAGAAGAAGCUGUUAAAACAUAUACUAAAUGUUUAGAGGAUAUUGAACAUGGACCGAUGCAACAUUGGAAAAAACGACCGGCGACAGAUUUAGCUAUACGUUAUUGGAGUUUACCAAAAGAUGCCACAAUGAAAGAUGUUAUAUUAGUUAUAAGAGCUGAUGAAGCUCAUCACAGAGUGGUUAACCAUACAUUGGCUUCUAUGAAACCAGAUGAUUUUAACCCUUAUGAUCCCGGAAAAUGAACAGCAUCUUUUCGUUAAAGAUACGCUGUAUAAAACAGCUGCACAUUGACUGUGAAUUAGAUUAAAGAACCAGCACACAAUUAUCCAUCAUUCAGUUUAGCUUCGUGCGGAAAAAUGUUGUUUGUGUGUGAACUAUUUGGAAUCCCACAAACACUGUUGAACCAGCAUUGGCAAAGAUAGAUUAUGUGGAAUCUCAUGUGAUAAUCUCUCCUUUUGUACCAUAAUUUUAAUUAGACUGUUACUUCGUUUCGUUUUUGUGUUGUGAACAUUGUCACUGCAAAAACGUGAGUAAAGUCUACAUUGAUCUGACCUGCCAUUUAGCUGAAUGAGAAAUGUUUAUAUAUAAUAUAUUAGUUUCACUACUUAAACGGGCUUUACUGGAGUUACCACCCUUGAAACUUAGGCUUUAAUUUACAGUAUUUUACAUACCGCCAUAUUCCUAUAAUGAAUUGUAUAAGGCAGAGUGUCCGCCCCACGGACGAUAUCUCUGAUAAAUGGGAACCGGUCUUGAAAAAUCCUGAUGUUUUUUCCCCACUGCUGGAUUUACCAAAUGUUGCGACUGAACCAGGUACCACACACAGCCCCCCCCCCCCCGCACCCACACGCAGUAAAUUACAAAAAAUAACAUAUUUGCAAACAUAUACAGCAGUUAUAUUGAUAAUAAUAAUUUCGUUAAUCUCCAGUUGAAUGAAAUGAUCUAUGAUUUUGUAUAAAAUUUCUAUAUAAAAAAAAAACAAUUUCAGCAUACAUAUAUGUUUUGUUUAUUUCCAAGGCAAAGAUAAAACGUAUUUUAUGGUUUA